AUGCAAUUCAUUAGUAUUAUUUUUCUUUUGGUUAUUGGUUCACAACAGGUUGAUUCAUCACUGUUUGGUCCACAAAUCAUUCAAGGUCUAGGAGCAAGUACACCAUCAGCAAGAGGCAUAUUUGCACAAACAUGUUCAAAAUUGUACGAUCUUUUGGCAUUUCCACGGAAAGUUGUUGA